CCGCCCCUCCCCCCUCGCUCCGCCCCUCCCCCCCCCCCAUGGAGCUUUAACGGCGGCGGCGGCGGGAGCGGACCCGAGGGGGAACAGGCUCCUCGUGGGGCGCCAUGGCGGCGCUGGCCCCGGCGCUGGCGGCCUGGCUGCUGCUGAGCCCCGGCGGCUGCGGCGCGGCGGCGGCGGCCGACGGCCCCAACGGCACGUGCCGCGGCUCGGCGCGCUGCCAGCCCGGCGUCCUCCUGCCCGUGUGGCAGCCGGACGAGCCGGCGGCCGGCGACAAGGCGGCGCGCGCCAUCGUCUACUUCGUGGCCAUGAUGUACCUGUUCCUGGGCGUGUCCAUCAUCGCCGACCGCUUCAUGGCGUCCAUCGAGGUGAUCACGUCGCGCGAGAAGGAGAUCACCGUCACCAAGGCCAACGGCGAGACCAGCGUGGGCACGGUGCGCAUCUGGAACGAGACCGUCUCCAACCUGACGCUGAUGGCGCUGGGCUCGUCGGCGCCCGAGAUCCUGCUGUCGCUCAUCGAGGUGUGCGGGCACCGCUUCCAGGCCGGCGAGCUGGGCCCGGGCACCAUCGUGGGCAGCGCCGCCUUCAACAUGUUCGUGGUGAUCGCCGUGUGCGUCUACGCCAUCCCGGCGGGCGAGAGCCGCCGCAUCAAGCACCUGCGCGUCUUCUUCGUCACGGCCUCGUGGAGCAUCUUCGCCUACAUCUGGCUCUACCUGAUCCUGGCCGUCAUCACGCCGGGCGUGGUGCAGGUGUGGGAGGCCUUCCUCACGCUGCUCUUCUUCCCGGCCUGCGUGGUGUUCGCCUGGGCGGCCGACAAGCGGCUGCUCUUCUACAAGUACGUCUACAAGCGCUACCGCGCCGACCCGCGCAGCGGCAUCAUCAUCGGCGCCGAGGCCGAGCGCCCGCCCAAGGACCCCGAGGCCGACGGCGGCUUCCCGGCGCUGGCCGAGCCCGAGCCCGGCGCCGCCGCGCCGUCGCCGACACCCGAGGAGAAGGAGCUGGACGAGAGCCGGCGCGAGGUGAUCCAGAUCCUGAAGGAGCUGAAGCAGAAGCACCCGGAGAAGGAGCUGGAGCAGCUGCUGGACGCCGCCAACUACAUGGCGCUGGUGCACCAGCAGAAGAGCCGCGCCUUCUACCGCAUCCAGGCCACACGCCUCAUGACCGGCGCCGGCAACGUGCUCAAGAAGCACGCGGCCGAGGCGGCGCGGCGCUCGCCCGCCCUGCCCGGCGAGGAGGACGAGGAGGAUGAAGAGGAUGAAGCGUGCAGCCGCAUCUUCUUCGAGCCGUGCCUGUACCACUGCCUGGAGAACUGCGGCUCGGUGACGCUGGCCGUGGCGUGCCAGCAGGGCCUGGGCGCCAACCAGACCUUCUACGUGGACUUCCGCACCGAGGACGGCUCGGCCAAGGCGGGCUCGGACUACGAGUACAGCGAGGGCACGCUCAUCUUCAAGCCGGGCGAGACGCGCAAGGAGCUGGCCAUCGGCAUCAUCGACGACGACAUCUUCGAGGAGGACGAGCACUUCUUCGUGCGCCUGCUGAACCUGCGCGUGGGCGACGCCGAGGGCAUGUUCGAGGCCGACUCCGAGGACCACCCCAAGGGCAAGCUGGUGGCGCCGCUGGUGGCCACCGUCACCAUCCUGGACGACGACCACGCCGGCAUCUUCGGCUUCCGGGAGCGCUCGGUGCGCGUCAGCGAGUGCCAGGGCCACGUGGAGGUGACGGUGGUGCGCAGCUCCGGCGCCCGCGGCACCGUCAUGGUGCCCUUCCGCACCGUGGAGGGCACGGCGCGCGGCGGCGGCGUCGACUACGAGGACGCCAGCGGGGAGCUGGAGUUCCGCAACGACGAGACGGCGAAGACGCUGCAGGUGAAGAUUGUGGACGACGAAGAGUACGAGAAGAAGGAGAACUUCUUCAUCGAGCUGGGGACGCCGCGCUGGCUCAAGCGCGGCAUCUCGGCUCUUCUGCUCGCCCAAGGGGACGGCGAGCGGGCGCUGUCGGCCGAGGAGGAGGAGGCGCGGCGCAUCGCCGACAUGGGCAAGCCGGUGCUGGGCGACAACCGGCGCCUCGAGGUGGUCAUCGAGGAGUCCUACGACUUCAAGAACACGGUGGACAAGCUGAUGAAGAAAACCAACCUGGCCACCGUCAUCGGCACGCACUCGUGGCGCGAGCAGUUCCUGGAGGCCAUCACCGUCAGCGCAGGUGGCACGGGGUCCCCGGGCUGUCACCGGGGUGUCACCAGGGUCCCCUCAGGGUCCCCUGAGCAGCCACGGUGUCCCCCCACCAUCCCCAGGGUCCUCAGGGUCACCGUCAGCGCAGGCGACGAGGACGAGGACGACGAGGGCCGCGAGGAGCGGCUGCCGUCGUGCUUCGACUACGUGAUGCACUUCCUGACGGUGUUCUGGAAGGUUCUGUUCGCCUGCGUGCCCCCCACGGCGCUGCUGGGCGGCUGGGCGGCCUUCGGCGUCUCCAUCCUCCUCCUCGCGCUGCUCACCGCGCUCAUCGGCGACCUGGCCGCGCACUUCGGCUGCACGCUGGGCCUCAAGGACUCGGUGAACGCCGUGGUCUUCGUGGCCCUGGGCACCUCCAUCCCCGACACGUUUGCCAGCCGCGUGGCCGCGCUGCAGGACCCGUGCGCGGACGCGUCCAUCGGCAACGUGACGGGCUCCAACGCCGUCAACGUCUUCCUGGGGCUGGGGCUGGCCUGGUCGGUGGCCGCGGUGUACUGGGCGGCGCAGGGCCGGCCGUUCCGCGUGCCGCCGGGCACGCUGGCCUUCCCGGUGACGCUCUUCACCAUCUUCGCCUUCCUCGCCAUCGGCGUGCUGCUCUGGCGGCGCCGCGCGCCCAUCGGCGGCGAGCUGGGGGGGCCCCGCGCCCCCAAGAUCCUCACGGCCGGGCUCUUCCUGCUGCUCUGGCUGCUCUACGUGCUCUUCGCCAGCCUGGAGGCCUACUGCCACAUCCAGGGCUUCUGACUGGGGAGACUGGGAGCACUGGGGAG